AUGCGCAGUGAACAAUUAAAGGUUCCCCCGGAGCCUCGGACAGGGUCUCUUCCGAAAUAUCGGGCCGCGCACCCGCUUUCUCUUAUCGCUUAUCGCCUAUCGCCUUUGUGCGGGGAUCUCUCUCAGGCCCUCUCCGUAGACUCCUCAAGCAUGGCACGCCCAAAGGUCCAUCCAGCAAAUAGGCUACGAGCUAGUACUGCAUGCACUGCCUGUCGUGCAUCUAAAAAGCGCUGCAGUGGCUACUUCCCAUGCACCAAUUGUAUCCACAAAGGACGUGGCCGCUUGUGCACCCCGUUCAAAUCCUUAUCAGAUGCCAGCCUCCGCAACCGCCCCGUUCCUGUGUUCCGAUCCGCAGUUGAGGCACCCCAGACAUCGAGCGGAUCAGCAGUUGACAUACAAAGACGCCUGAGAUCACAGUCCCAGGACACUGUUCCCCAUGACCGUGGGCCCGGCGCGUUAGGAGCGGGAUCACAUUCGCCUGAAGCUACACAUCGGACGCAUCCGCGCAUGCUCCGUAACCUGCAAGGAGAAAGAGUAUAUGUUGGGAAAGCCGCCUCCCUGUCAUUUCUGCAAUUGCUUCGAGAUACAGUGACUCAACAUAUUGGACCCUCACAGUUCUCCCAUAAUGUGGGAAGUGAGGAUAUGCUAGAGUCAGAGACCCAUCAUGAUUCGCUGAACUUCUCCGAAGAAGGUUGUAGCGCUGACGAGAAGGGUCGUUUCAUCCAGCAUUAUGACGUAGCGACGAGAGGCUUUCUCAAUUUAGGCUGCCAAAAUGAUACUCCCUCCGCAUGGCCAAUCCCAGAAGAGCCAAGUUCUAACCAGGAAAAAACGAGGGCGGCUAUUAUAGACCUCAUGAUUGCCAUUGGGGCACAGUCAUCCACCAACGAUUCUAACACACUUCGAAUAGAGCGGUUCUACUUUGCUCGUGGCCAACGUAGAGCCUUUUCCAACAUGCUGGAAGAUCCCAGUCUGGAUCUAGUGCGAACCUUUCUACUCAUGUCAUUUUAUAUGCUAGGGGCAUGUCGUCGAAACACGGCUUUCAUGUACCUGGGAGUGGCUUCACGAGCAGCAGUGGCGCUUGGGCUCCACGCAGAUUCUUCAGGAUCAACGAGUCAGGAUGAGGGUAAUGUUCAUAGUCAACGAUCACAACUGUGGAUGAGCCUAUGUGUGCUAGAUCUGCUCGUCAGUUCAAUUCUUGGACGACCUUCUGCUAUAUCGCCUUUAUUACCCGAGAAUCGACGAGAACCUAGUUGGAUAGGAAUAGCGCCGACGGAUUCUGGCUUGAUGGCUUCAUACUAUCUGUCAUUGAUACUAGACGAGAUCCUAAGCCGUCUUUAUAGCGGGAAAGCUGCGUCCGCAGAGACAGCAGAGCUGCUGUUACGGAGGCUCAAUAGCUGGAGUGGAUGUCUGCCUCAAACUCUGAGAACUCCAAUUUCAGAACAGAAAGAUCGGAACACCAUCCAGAGACAUACGAUCGGAAACAUGCAUGUUGCAUGUUCAUAUCAUUUUGCAGUGAUCCUAGUCACCCGUCCUUUUCUCAUCUCAGCUCUCAGCGUCCGGCUUGCUAAGUUGCAGCAGAGCCUUUCGACGGUUGAAUCCGGUGAAGAACUCGAGGAAGACCCAGCUCACUCUCGGCUUGCAGCUGCAUGCAUUGAUUCAGCUGUGUACAUGCUGCAGACGUGUAUGGAAGUCCAGCAAUCUAGGUUGCUUCUUCGAAAUAUGUGUUUACUCAAGUUUGUGGUUGCGAAUACCCUCUCAAUGGCUCGAAUAUUAACAUUAACCAGAGCAUUUAUCUUUGCCGCAGCUCUUGUACUCGGAUUCUCUAUGUUCUCCAACCGCGAAGUGAACUCCGAGGUCGAUGAUGCAUUCCGCGGUGCCCUUUCCAUUUUGCGCAUGCUGGCAUUGCAGUCUGCCCAGGCAGCCCACUAUCUAGAAAUCACCACAAUGCUUGAGGCUGCCAUAAACCAGCAGCGCCAGCGUCUCGCAACUCAGGCUCGACGGCGACGGAGUCAAUAUGUGAGUCGGAUCUUUAGCUUAAACAGCAACUCGGCAACAGCGCCGAUACAAUUUGAAGAGGACGAGGAAGUAAGCAAUGAGACACCGGCUCUAGGGCCGGGUAUCCCAUCAUGCUUGUUGUUACAUCCCGACGACGGCUCAGCUGCCGUCACGCCACCCAUGAUCGAUGGUACUUUAUUUGACUGGGAAGGCAUGGACUUGCCAUUAUGGGAUAGUUUCCCAUUUCUCACCGAGCCAAGUACCAUGUGA